GGAAGAUCGUGGAACAAGGUUCGAAUUCGGCUAGUCAUGGGAGGUUUUGAGCCCGGAUUUGACCACCGUGUUAGUUACCCUGAGUACCACCCUCGUACUCAGGGAUCAUUCAUCAUUGGACACCGAGUGCGGAACCAUCGAGGCCUCCGGUUCCUAAUUGGUUUUUCAGUGCCCGGUGACUCUUCGGCACUGGACGACGAGUGAUGAAAUCAUUUCCAUACUAGGCUUCAAAAUACAGUGAUGAGUUCGAUGGUUGUUAAAAAGUGUAAGAGGCCUUUAAUGGAAAAUGUGUUGGAGAUGAAAAUUACAGGUGGCCAAAUUCGGAUGAAGUCAUGGCACAACUGAUCAACUGACACGGUUUUACAUCAAAGCAAACCAUCUUAACUGGAGUCCUGGAGGCUGACAUGAAGAAAAAAAGUUGGACCAGUUCUGAAACGCUUCCGUAAAACAACAGAAAGAAAAUCAACAUUCCGAUGCGCAUUCUACAUGUAGGCCUAAAAUACAAUUCGGCACCACUGCCGGUGUACUCCUACCUAGGUGGUCCCGCAAUUUUUACAGGCCGGCCUAUGAUGAUCACAUGUACUCAAGAACCGACAAAAGUGAUACAUGCGAAUUUCUGAGUGAAAAAAAAAACUACCCAGACCCAUAUGGCGAUGUUUUAAAAAGGCAACCUUCUAGCUAGCUAAAAAUAAUUUCUACCUCAAAGUGUGACACUUUGUUAACGAAUGGUACCUUUAUUCCACCAUUCCGAAAAAGCAAAAUGACUUACAAGUUCCAACUUCUCGCUAAAAGAUCAAAGGCCUUUGCAUUCGUUCUUGCUGUAACUGUCUUUAUUUUGAUUGUCAACAUCAGCGUAUUUUGGACUCCGCCAUAUUUCAACGAUAUUGAAAGAUACGGACACUACCAUGCCGCCACAAUACCCAGCAAAAUUGACGACCAGUUCGUUAGAAAGAUAGAACUAUCGACACUAGUUGUAAACCCACAUGGGUAUAGAAUCGUCAACAGUUUAGAAGACAAGUGCAAAGGGGAGGACGUCUUUCUUGUCGUUGUCGUCACAAGUGCACCUGGCCAUGUCAAACAGCGGGACGCCAUUCGUCAAACGUGGGGGAACGAGAACAUAUUACCGCAUAAAAACGUAAAGGUUCUCUUUGCCCUGGGACGUAGCGACAAUCCACAAGUGGAGAACGCCGUACAGAGAGAGGUUCGGACGUUUCAGGACAUCAUCCAAGAGGAAUUUCUGGACUCGUACAGAAACUUGACCAUAAAAACAGUCAUGGUUCUCAAAUGGACUGUUACGUUUUGCAGCGGAGCUGAUUACCUCAUGAAGACCGAUGACGACAUGUUUGUCAACAUUGAGACGUUAGUAUCCCAUCUUAAGUCUUUAAAAGAUGACAAGAGUUCAGAUUUAUUUAUAGGGGAUAUCCACACGGGGGUCAAGGCGCUAAGAAGCCCAGCCAAUAAGCAUUACGUCUCUAUGGAGGAUUAUGAAAAUGAAGUUUACCCAGACUACCUCAGUGGAACUGGCUACGUCAUGUCCAUGGAUGUCGUCAGACGACUUUACGUCACAGCAUUGAUGACGUCACCAGUACCAGUGGAGGAUAUAUACAUGGGCAUUUGUGCACAACGGGCGGGCAUUGCACCACGAGACCACAGCGGUUUUACAUCCCUGCAGUUUGGCUUCACCGUCUGCAGCCACCGUAAGAUCGUGACUUCUCACUCCUACACUCCCACAGAAUUACUCGCCAUGUGGAAAGCUCUACAGGAGACUCCAGAGUGUGGUUGGCUACGAACACACUUCUCAAUGGUCUACGCAAAGCUACUGAACUUCUCUUAUAUGAUAAUACCCUGUUCGUUUCGAGGCUGCAACGUCAGAGAGGAAGAAUAUUAGCUUGAAUGAAGUGCCUUAGAUUAAUGAAAAGAUGAUAUUAAAUUGAGGAGUAUAUUGAGGGGGGGGGGGGUAAUAAACAGUCUAAUGGAUCCUAUUCCAGAUACGGCGGCCAUUUUGGGUUAUCAAGGGUCAUGCACGAAAACGAGGCUGUACGUGGUUAUGUUGCUAGCUGUUAGUCCUAUUAUCAAAAGGCCCUAUCUGGAAUACGUUCUAUUGUCUGUUUAACAUUAAUAAUUCAUCUGAAGUAACAUUACCUUAAGUAUCAGUUGGAUAGUGGGAGCAUCUGCCAUUAUUUUUCUUUAGAUUUCCAGUGAUAAAAGGAUUUUUCCUCUGAUUCCUUUUGCAAAAUAAGCAAAACAUAACAUUGAUACUGCUAAUGACAUGGUUGGGGCACUAUAGGGGCACUAUUGGAGCACUUUAUUGGGGCACUGUUGGGUCACUGGUUGUUGGGGGGCACUGUCGAGGCAUCUUGCCACUUGCUGUAUUUUCAACUUU